AUGGCGAACUCGGCAUCUGGGAUUGCGGUUAGCGACGAGUGCAAGCUGAAAUUCUUGGAGUUAAAGGCGAAAAGGAACCACAGAUAUAUCGUGUUCAUGAUCGAUGACACGAAACAACAGGUCACGGUAGAAAAAGUCGGCAGCAGUUCCGAGUCGUAUGAGGAUUUCGCCCGGAGCCUUCCGGAAGGAGACUGCCGAUACUCGGUUUUCGAUUAUGACUUCACGACCGAUGAAAAUUGCCACAAGAGCAAGAUCUUCUUCAUUGCAUGGUCACCAGACACGGCAAAAGUGAGGACCAAAAUGCUGUACGCAAGCUCGAAAGAUAGGUUCAAGAGAGAGCUUGAUGGCAUUCAGGUUGAAUUACAGGCAACCGAUCCAAGUGAAAUGAGCUGGGAUACCCUCAAAGCAAGAGCUUAUUAAAGUUCUGUUAUUUAUUCCCAUACAUCUCGUUUCUUAAUAUUCUUCGUCUGAAUAUCGUAAAAGUUAGAUUUUUUUUUUGUUCGGUUCUGGUUCUAUAUUCUGAUAUUAUAUCUGAAAAAGGGUCUGUUUUUGGUAAAAACUAGCAUUGAGAGGGGUAAAACUUUUUAUGCUCUUUGUUAUAUUUGUUUGUGUUGUUUUUUGCACAGAAUAUUUAUUUACUGGCUACAUAUUUUCUCUGGCUCUAUUGGUAUUUUG